AUGCCGUCCACACCGGUAGACUGGUCCUCAAUCGCUACGCCAAAAGUACAAUGGCCGCAGACAUCUGAGGACGAGGUUCCCGAGCCGUACCUCGAGACCGGGAUCGAGGGUGUCACGCUUACGCCUCAUCGGAGCGAUAACGCCGACAUUCGCACCAUGAUUAUCAUGUCGAACACGCCCUCUCUUGCCAGGUGGUCUUUCAGGAGGAUGUACCCAUACGAGAAGACCGAUGCUCUGGUGUGGCUGCUGCACCAGAUCCCUCCCGCUGUGCGCGCAACGACGCAACUGCAAGCCGGCCUCCCACUCUCGCCGAAACACUGUCCCUUCAACGUGAUGCGCAAGGACGGGCAGUUCAUCGGCGACUGCGACCUAUUCCACGCCGAGGGCGAGUGGAGACUGGGAUACACCGUGCACCCCGACUACCACAACAAGGGCAUCUGCACCGCCGCCGUCAAGCAGCUCAUUGCCUGGGGACGGGACAAUAUCGGCUUCAAGCAGCUCACUGCCCAUGCCGAAGAGGCGAAUGGGCCCAGUCAGGCUGUACUGAAGAAGCUCGGGUUCAGGAAGGAGGACGUUGAGAGUCAGGAGUGGCCCGAGUACCAUGGCGGCGGACAUCGCGAUGUCGGCAUCUGGCGACUGGAUCUGUAG